GCAGCUGAAGCCAUUACAGAGCGAGAGCUGCUCCUGGCUGCGCCGUGUGGGGCUGGGCGGGGGUGGGCUGCUCGCGGCCCGGGGCCGUGCGCGGCUGUGCGAGCGGCUCCGGGACCGCCACAGGCUCCGGGCCCCGCGGCCGCCAUGUCGGAGCAGGCUCCGGGGCCGAGCCGGCCGAGCAUGCCGGAGCCCGCGGCGCUGGAGCGGCAGAGCCUGCUGGCCGUGCGGCAGGAGCGGCUGAGGCCGAACCGGCUCCCGCUGCACAGGCUGCUGGUGGUGGCCCGGCUGGCGCAGGGGGUGUCGGCUGCGACGGUGGCAGAUUAUUACAGAGAACUGUUUGAAAACAUCUUGGAGGACCACUCAGGAGAGAACAUCUCAGGUCUGCUGCUUGUCCAUCCCAGCUGCAUUUUUCACCUGGUAGAAUCCUGCAGCAGCACCAUCCAUCUCAUCAUCCAGGAUUUAGCCUCUCUCCAGAAUCAAGGCCACAGUGCCUUACUCCAGGAAAUUAAAGUUCUGCUGGUGGCACACAACAUCCCCACCAGGCUGUGCCCAGACUGGUAUGCGGCAACAGCGACAGCUGCUGUGACACGGCCACAGAGCUCUCCACCAGCAGAGUCUACAGCAGAGGUGGUGGCAGAGUGCCUUGCCCUCCUACCUCAAGUGGCAGCCUGCAUUCAGAGUCUUGAGGAUGACACUGAGGAGGACAUGGAUGAGAGUGUGCACACUCUAGCACCUGACCUGCUGAUCCCACCAGAGACAGUUGAUUACUUGUGCCAUGCUGAAGAAUGUUCAAGUCCAGAAGAUUUCCUAAGGAUUUAUUUAAGUCCGUCACAAGUUGCCUUGGAUUCAGAGACUGUGUGGCCUGUUCCUUCUCAUUUAUCUGCAUGACACAGGCUGCAUCCAGUGUCCCCUUUGCAGCUGGAUUCAUUUCUGUUUAGCAUCUUCACUCCCAGAAUGCUUCCACUAAUGGCCUGUAAAAGAAUGAGC